ACCUCGACUUCCAGCCAGCAAGAUGACGGAGAGCUUUGACUGCGCCAGCUGCAAGGAGUCUCUUUACGGGCGCAAGUACAUCCAGGGAGAUGGGGGUCCUUUCUGCAUCCCCUGCUACGACUCCCACUUUGCCAACACUUGCGACGAGUGCAAGGAGCUGAUUGGACACGACUGCCGGGAGCUGUACUACGAGGACCGCCAUUACCACGAGAGCUGUUUCCGCUGCUUCCGCUGCGACCGCUCCUUGGCCGACGAGCCCUUCACCUGCCAGGGACAGGAGCUCCUCUGCAACGGCUGCUAUUGCCGGGAGUUCUCCUCCCAGUGUGUGGCCUGCCAACAGGUGGUCAUGCCAGGCUCUCGGAAGCUGGAGUACAGCGGGCAGACCUGGCACGAGCACUGCUUCAUCUGCAGCAGCUGCCAGCAGCCCAUUGGCGCUUGUUCCUUCAUCCCCGAGCAGAACGAGUAUUACUGCGUGCCCUGCUACGAGAGCAAGUUUGCGCCGCGUUGCACCCGCUGCAAGAAGUCGCUGACCAAGGGCGGAGUGACUUACCGGGACGAGCCGUGGCACAAGGAGUGCUUCGUCUGCACAGGCUGCGAGGCCCCCCUGGCUGGGCAGCAGUUCACCUCUCAAGAGGACCAGCCCUACUGCGUCAAGUGCUUUGGCAGCCUUUAUGCCAAAAAGUGCAGCGCCUGCGCAAAGCCCAUCACAGGUUUUGGGGGAGGCAAGUACAUCUCCUUCGAGGAUCGCCACUGGCACCAAAGUUGCUUCAGCUGCUCCCGCUGUACUACCUCACUGGUGGGGAAGGGCUUCAUCCCUGACAGCGACGAGAUCCUGUGUCGCGAUUGUGCCAACGGUCUCUGAAGGAACAUCCCGUGCGGUUGUCCUCUAGAUUGUGUGUGUGCCAAAGUUCUCUCCUGGGGCAGUGGCAGGGCAGGGGUGGUCCUCCCCUCCCUGGCACUGCUGACUGGCGCCAGCCGCCUCUUUCCUGCUGCCAGACAAAAAUUGUGGCUUUCUCACUCGGCCUGUCGUCUCUAGACGAGCUGGGGCCGCUUCCCUUUCUCACCAGCAGCGUGGUGGUGAAGUCCACCCCCACCACCGACCGUGAUCUGCCUCGGGGGGCUGUUUUCUUCUGGGUCCGGAAGAGAGCAGGUGGGUGUCUCUCAGAGGGUGGGAGCCUCCCGUUUCCCACCCAAGUGCAUUAGCUCUUCCCUGGGGAUCCACCCCGGUUGUCCGACUGUUAGCAGGACAAGCUCAGCUGUUCCCCCUCCACCAUCCUGUUUCUCUCUAGCCACCCCUGCUCACUUUUGGGGAGCGGAGACCUCCACCCCCGAGGCGUGGAGUACCAUCUCUCUCAUCCCCCCCCCAAGUUCUGGAGUGACAGCCAGCCCUUCGGCAGGGCAUCCCUCCUUUGCUUUGGUCCCCAGGAAACCCUGAGUGGCUGCAAAAGAAAGCUUUUAAGGCUAAAAAGGCUUUAGUUUUUUUUCUCUCACAAACCCUGGGCUUCAGUUUUGAAUCCCCUGACCUCCACUACCCUCCCCCCCCUCUGGGCCUGGACUCUCUACUUGCUGCUUUCAGUCCUGGGAGUCUCCCCACUCUUCUAUCCUGCCCUCUCCCGCCUGGAAGGAAGGGGCUCUGUUGCUUUCUGCACACGUUCUCUGUGGCCUGAAUUGCUUUCCUGCUUUUCUUUGGUGAAAUGCUAUGCAUGUUCCUUUAAAUGCACUAUGUAGCCAUUUCCUCAGAUGCUCUGCUGUUGGGGAGUCGGAGACCACAGCUGGGUGUCUGCCUGUUGAUGGGCUUGCUCACCUCUGGUCCCGUGGAUCUCUCCCCUUCUUUUCUGACUUUCUCUAAUAAAUCAUGUUAAUGGAU